GUUAGUUGUUGUGGUGCCGACCUUGCAGAAUGAGGAUGGACAGUGGACAGCAUCGGACGCCCCAUUUUUUGGGCCUAGUUCUUGUAUUAUUAGUGAUAGGAAACGUACAAACUGAAGAAGUCUGUCCUUCAGGAUGUAAAUCAGGAGCCCCUCAAACAUUCAAAUUCACACCGGGUACAGCGUACAAAUACAAUUACGAUGGCAAAAUCGACAUUUCAUUAUCGUCAGCCGAAGGCCAAUCGACAAGCACCGAAGUCAAAGCCGAAGUCGUCCUAAUUCAAGAGCCCGACUGCAGACAAUUGCUCAAACUACAAAAUGUCCAAAUUUUGGGAUCAGGAAAAAAACACGCUUCCAUUCCUGACAUCGAGAAACCGAUCCGCAUCAAUAAUCAAGACGGAAUUCUCAAUGACAGAAUUUGCGUGGUUGAUGGUGACAAUCAGAACUCUAUCAACAUCAAAAGAGCUAUUGCUUCGCUGUUCCAAGCCGCUACCAAGUCAUCUUACGAAACUGACAUAUUUGGAAGAUGUCCCACUGAAUUCUCGUCUCACAAAGAAGGCAACAUUGUUGUUAUCCAAAAAUCCAGAAGCCUCAACAAAUGCUCAUACAGAGAGCACAUUCAACAAGACUUCCUUUCUACCGCAUUGAACCUAGACAGUGAAAUUAAAUCUAGCCCACUGUUGAACGGAGAUUACAACAGCCUUUUGAAAAUCAAAAAUGGUAUCCUGGACCAAGCCACAGUCACCGAAGACUACUUGUAUGUUCCUUUCUCUGUUGGGAAAAAUGGAGCCAAAGCUCAAGUAGUCAGCAAAUUGCAAUUCAUUGGAACUUCCAAAGAAGCCGCUAACGGCGCAAACGUUAAAGAACCAAGAUCUAUUAUUUUUGAAAAUCCUCAUCCAGUUGUAGCUGCUACCAGUGACUUGCAAAGUAUUGUUGGUGCAGUCAAAGAUGUUGUGCAGACCAUCGAUGUUGUAGUUGGUGAAGGAACUGCUAAGGAAUUCAGUAAUCUCUUGAAAAUCGUAAGGGUUGCUAAGAAAAAUGAUAUGUUGGCAGCUUAUAAUCAAGUACAAAGUGGAGUUGGUGUUGGUGAUAAAGAAACCGCUAAACGUGUUUACUUAGAUGCUUUGCUCAGUGCUGGAAACGGCGACAGCGUCGAAGCCCUAUUGGAACUCUUAGACAAGAAACAAUUAAAUGAAAUCGAUAGCAAAUUGGCUUUGAUUGGCUUGAAUAUUGUACGUCAUGCCACCGAAGGAUCACUAAAAUCAGUUGUGCGUCUUCUGGACACACCUAAACUCCCCCGUGAAGCCUACUUGGGUAUCGGCAACCUUGCCGGUCGUUUCUGCCAACAGCACGACUGCGAAAACAAUGCCGAAAUCAAAGCAUUGACCAAUAAACUUUUAUCAAAAAUCGGUGCCAAGCUAGCCGACAAAGACCAAGAAAACGAUGCCAUUUUCGCUUUGAAAGCCUUGGCCAACUUCCGUCAUUUCAACGAUAACGUCAUCCCGAAACUGAUCAGCGUUGCCCAAAACAAGAACCUUCCUAACAGAGUGCGAGUUGCCGCCUUAGAAGCCUUCUUAGCUGACGCCUGCAAGGACAAACUCAGAAACAGCGCUUUGCAAAUUCUCCAAGACAUCCAACAAGAUUCUGAAGUCAGAAUCAAGGCUUACUUGGCGGUAGCCCAAUGUCCAAAUGCUAAAGUUGGCAACGCUGUCAAAACUUUAUUGGCCAAAGAACCUAGUAUUCAAGUUGGUGGAUUCAUUACCUCACACAUUCACGCUUUGAGAUCAUCAGCUAAUCCAGACAAAGCUUUAGCCAAACAAUUCCUUGGCUUUAGCGUCAGAAGGUCUUUCCCUAUUGACCCGCGUAAAUACUCAUUCAGUGGCGAUUUCUCAUACGCAAUCGAUACUUUGGGACUUGGAGCUUCUUCUGAAGCCAAUGUAAUCUAUUCGCAAAACUCAUGGCUGCCAAGAUCAUCCAGCUUAAAUUUAACUGCUGAAAUUUUCGGUCACAGCUUUAACUUUUUGGAAAUCGAAACCAGACAAGAAAACUUAGACAAAUUAGUCGAACACUACUUUGGACCUAAAGGAUUAUUGAGAACAGCAAUUUUGUCAGAUCUUAUCAAAGGAGGCAAAUCAAGUUACGAAAAAUUGGCAGAAUAUGUAGAACAAAAACUAAAAUCCAGUUUGAGAAGCAAACGUGACGUAAGCAAAGCUGAGCUCGACCAAGUUGCCAAACACGUGCAAAUCAAAACUAAUGAGUUGAAUAAGGAUCUCGACUUGGACUUGAGCCUGAGAGCUUUUGGCGCGGAAGUGCUUUUCCUGAACAUCAACCAAGAAGCUAAAAUCCAACCAGAAGCUAUUAUUGACAAAAUCGUUGCCCAACUAGUUAAAGGCUUAGAUGGACUUCAGCGGUUCGAAGAAACUUUACGUCACAAUCACAAUUUCUUGGAUGCCGAAUUCGACUAUCCAACUUCACUCGGUUUCCCUCUUCGCCUUGCUGUCGAAGGAACUGCCAACAUUCAAAUUAAAGCCGAAGGCAACGUUGAUGUACGUAAACUACUUAACAAUCCCGAUCAAGGAGAAUUGAGAAUUAAACUAAUUCCUAGUGCUAACAUCGAAGUAGCCGCACGUUUGACUUUGGACUCUCUCGUUAUUGAAAAUGGUUUGAAGGUCGUUUCCACUCUCUACUCUUCUACUGGAGGAGAUUUGCGCGCAACCUGGAACAAACAGUCUGGAUUCGACUUGAAAUUCGGACUUCCAGUGCAAGAGCAAAAACUUAUUUCUGCCAAUCACGAAAUUGUUUUCAUCACCAGAGAACCAGCUAAGAAAGAAGUAGGAUUACCAUUGAAAUUCACUCAAGUUAAAGACUUCUCUAUCUGCUUCGAUCAACUAAGCCCCUUCAUUGGCCUAACUUUCUGCGCUGAAAUCAACGGACCCAACGUAGGAGGUCAACAAAUUCCAAUUCUUCCAUUCCCAUUGGCCGGAGAUGCCAGAUUCGCAGUAUCCAUUGAAAAUGAAGACGUUUCUGAAUUCCAUAUCCGUCACGAUUAUACACAGUCUCACGCAGAUUUUGUUUUGGAGACCAUCGGCAAAAAUAAUCAAAAGAAAGUUUCUUUGGCUGUGCAAACUGAAAUCUCCCCCGAAAAAUUCAUCAGGGCUAUAUUCAGUUCACCCAUCAAAACUGCCCAAGCUGAAGCUAGAAUUGUUAGUACCAACGUGGAAAAAUCUCUUCUUCUUAAGCUCCAAAACGAUCAAGAGACAUACUCUGGCAAGAUCGGUUACUCAAUUUCCGGAACUCCUGAACGUGCCGUCUACAAACCUCUCCUGGAAUACAAAACACCAGCAGGUCAACAGCAGUUGCCCAUCAGUACUGAAGGUCAAAUCGUCGUGGAACAAAACGGUCAACAGGUUAAACUCAUAUUCGAAAACGUUAAAGUAACUGACGGAAAAACUUCUCUUGGACUCAACGGCAACCUUGGCAGAGACGCAAACGGCGUUUUCUUCACAGAUCUUGUUGUAUCCAAUGAAGCAAAUAAGGUUGACGUCGAAGGUCGCGUUCAACUUUCUCCCGAUUUAAUCAAAUUUAACAUCAAAGUAGAAAACACUUUCAACAAUAACGCCAAUUUCAACUUGAAAGGCGAGUUCAAAAGACAAGCUUCCAUGCAUGACGCUUCCUUGCAACUAAUCCACGGAGCCGAUCUAAACUCAAAAUCCUCAAUCCUCACUAUCAGUCAUCAUUUGGUGAACAAAUACAAAAGCCCCAGUGAUUUUAGUUUCGAAACCAAAAACAGUUUUAGCUAUCCUUUAUUGUCCGUUAGCGGCAAAUUUGAACUUGAACAAACACCAAACAGUCUGGACUAUGAAGUCAACGCCGAAUACGGAGAAUUGAAAUUAGGUUCAGAAUUGGAAGCUCAAAUUAAUAAGAAAUCUCAAGGUGACUAUGAAAUUGAAUUUGACCUAUGGGGAUUGGAUAACAAGUUGGAAAUCAAAUCGAGAAGAGAAGUGAUGCCUAACGAGGAAAGCAAAAUUUCCAAUACACUUGAAGUUAACGGCAAGAAGUUUGAAGUUGAAGGUAAAAUCAGACACAAUUUGAGAGCCCAUAACGUUGAUUUGGGAACCGAUUUGACUGUAAGCCUUCCAUCUCAGGCAGCUCCAAUUAAAGUCAACACUGGAUUGAUUGUUAAUGAAGGAGAACUCGAUUCCCAUGUUAAAAUCAGUUCUGGAAACGAACAUAUUAUUGAUGCAUUUUUGAAAGCAAACAAAAAAGGCAACGCAAAUGGAAGCUUGAAGAUUAACCUUAAAAACAAAUUGAACGUUAAUGGACAAAUUCACUCCAACAACGGUGCCGGCAAUGGUGAAAUUCUAGUCGAUCUCCAAAAUGGAAAACGUCAAAUUAAAGCUGAUACAACUUUCACUAUUCAACCAGCCCAUGUCUAUGACAUUACAGCUACACUCUAUCCAUCAUUCAACAAAGACAAAAAUAUGAAGAUUGUUUUGAGCACCAACACCAAGGUCUCUGAAAGUAGCUUGGAUUCCAAAAACAAAGUUGAUAUCCUGGGACAUCCGUUGGAAGUUAAUCUUAAGGGAUCCAGAAGCGGAGACAGACAAACUGGCAAAAUCGAUGGUGAAUUAGAAGUGACACUUCCUGGCGAACAAUAUCUGUUAGCUAAAUCCAGUUGCCAACAUGAAGGCCAUGACGAUUUAUCCAGCGGACAACAACAAUCAAGUAUUGAAUACAGGAAGAAUAAAAAUUCGACAGGACGUAAAUACGCAUACAAGACUACUUGGAAAAAUGCCAACAUGGAUGAAGGUGUUGGUGAUGUAGACAUCAAUAUGUCUGCUGAUGGUAAUGGCAAAAACAUUAACGCUGACAUUUCCGUUAAAUCCUCUAAAAAUGGCGAUGAUCGUAGCCUUAAUUUAGUCAACAAAGUCAGUGGCAGUCUUUUAAGGCAACCCUAUGAAAUAAGCAUGGUCGGCCAUUGCAAGAGAGGCAUCGUAAGCGAUUACGAAGUGCGCAGUAGCUAUGGUCAAGCGAACACUGUACACCUUAGAGGUAACCACGACUUUUCUGGACCAACAAAAAAAGGAAAGAUGAAUUUGCAAGUCGCUUCAGAACAUCCUCAACUCAGAUCUUUGAAUGUUGAUUUAGACGGAAAUGUUGUCAAGCAAGAAGAUCCAAAUGCACCGGUUAGUGUUGAAGGAAGCGUAAAUGUGCAGGCUAAUAAUGAUCAAGGCCCUAUUGUCGAUUUGAAAUCCAGAGGUAAAGUGACUGUGUCUCCUCAAGCAGGUCAGCUUAAAUUGAACUUGGCUUUGAAUAAAAUUGAGCCCAUUGAUGUAACUGGAUCUUAUGAUCUCAAAGAAAACCAACAAGGAGGUUCUAGUAGUGUCACUGUUAAUUAUGGCAAAGGACAAACAGUUAAAUAUGACGUUGCUCUCGAUAGAUUAGCUGAACACCAAUAUAAACUUGUCUUAGCUAUGCAGACUCCAAUUGAGGGUUACAAGAGUAGCCAAAUGACCGUAAAUACCAAACGAGUUAAGGAAAAUCAUGCAGUAAGCGACGUUGUACUCGUCGUAGAUGGCAAAACCUGGAAGACUAACUCUGAAUUAAUAAUCAGCGAUAUUUCACCUCUUAUUGAUUUUAAACUAACAACUCCAGAAGGAAAAGUCAAACAACUUUACUUUAAAGCCAACAAAAUCAGCAACAGACAAUUCGAUGGUGCAGUUAAGCUUAUCGACGAACAAAACGAUUUCAUUUACGAGAGCUCAGGAGCCGUCAACGUCGAAGAUGUAGAAAAUCUCAUCGUCAAGGGACAAGUCAACUCUCCCAAAUUGAACCUGGACAAAAUCGAAUACGAAGCGCACAACAAAGGGGGUAACGGUGACCGCAAAAUGCAAGUCUCUGUUAAGACUGCCGGCAAAAAUUACAUUUCCGGUAACCUAAACUAUGCCGCUAAAGAAGAAAACGGCAAAUUCAUCAUCGACGGACACGGAAACUUCAAAGUAAAGGAUGAAUCUAAGUCUGGUAACUUCAAAUACAUUAUUGAACAAUUGGACCAACAAAAGAACGGCGAACAAGGAGUACAAAUCUCUUUUGACGCUGCCAUUGGUAGCAAGGCAGUAGACUCUGAGUACAAGUUGACCAACAAACAUUUCAGAUUGCAAAACUCUUAUUGCGAGCAGAAGAAGGAGUGUGCUUACUUUGAAGUUGACAAUAAGAUUAAUGCAAAUGACGCUGAAAACUACGACCAAGUUCUCGAAAUCAACUUAGAUCUCCGCAAAUUGGGUCUCUCCCAUGAAUUCGGCCUAAAAUCCGUGACCACCAGGAAACAUUGGGUAAUUGACCACACCGUCGACGCUCAUUUCCAGAACAACGAAAACAGCAAGUACCAAUACAGCUUCUACGUUCACCCCAGCGAAGCUGGUAUCAGUCUAGCCACCCCCAAAAGAAUUGUUGCGCUCGAAGCUAAGAACCAACUACCAAAGAACCUCAAAGAUGGUGGUAAAGGCAGCGGAGAAAUCAGCUUUUUCAUGGACAAAAAGAACCAUCCCAAUAAGAAAACCGCUCUCACCUGGGCUAUUGAUGUUAAUCUUAAGGGCAGGAUCAGUGGGGACGCUAAAUUCACCCAUCCUGGACUUACCAAACCUCUAAGUGCCUCUUUCACGGCCACAAGAGACGGAACUCCAUACAAUGGCAAAUUGGACGUUAGUGGUGAACUAGACGUAUUCGCUCAAGCCAACCAGAAACUCAUUGCCCAAUUCCACAAAUCUGUUACCCUUGACAAAGACCAUUCAAGAGGUACCGCAAAGGAAACCUUCACACUUCAGAGCACCGGCCUUGGAAUUGAUAUUCGUUCAAAUGAAAUCGCCAUUGGAGAUAGAAACAAGAAAGAAUUCUCCUAUGAACACAAAUCCAGUUACCAAGCCGGUAAAUCCAAAUACGAAAACUUGGUCUCAACCAAAAUGACACCUACCGAAGUGUCUGGUGAACUCAAAUUGUUCAACAAAGUUUUACUCAAAGGACAUCACAGGAGUCAAAUUAAAGACAACGAACAAACUUUCGAAUCCGAAGUUUCGUCUUACGACAACAAACCUUUAGUAAGCAAAUUGGAAAUCAAAAACUUGAACACCUUGGCUUACAGUUUGGGAUACAAAAAUGAACCCCAAAAGAGGCUUUUAUUCAACGCUGGAUUAAUUCCUGGUCAAAUUGCCGAUGUGCGUGGUGAAAUGCAAGAUGGCGGCAAUAAAGUGAACCUGUUCUACGCCAGCAUCAAGCUUGACGAUGCCAACUUCUUGAAAUCAGAACAGAAAGUUGACUCUAAAGCUAUCGAAGCGACACUACAAAAAGUGAAGGAACGUGCCACUGCUUACUUGAACGGUUUGGAACAAUUGAGCAAGGAAUGGUCCGAGCAAGCCAGACAAGAGGCUCAAGCCGUUAGCGAAAUAGCUAAGAAAUCAUCUGCAAACAUACAACCCCUCCGUCAAUAUUACACCAAAGAAUUACAAGAGCUCAGAGAAGAAAUUCUGAAUGACAAGAGUGUGAAAGAAUUGAGCGAAUCGGCACAUAAAGUAUUAGGAUCCCUUAUUGCAGCUGUAUCAGAACUUUUCGAGAAACUCAGCCAUUUGGCCGAAGAAUCAGCUGUAGUAUUGCAAAACUCUUUCAACGGAAUCGUAGACUCAAUUGACAAAUCGCUUCUGCCAGAACUCAAAGAACUUGGCGCCAAAGGAUUGGCAAUAACCAAACAAAUUUUGGAAACUGCCGUGGACAUUAGUUUGGGUCUACUAGCUAGAGCCUCUCAAAUUAUUGAACAAUACCAACCAGAAUUCCAAGAAAUUGUCGCAGCUUUCGGUGAAGUGUUCCGUGACAUUGGUAGAGUCAUCUACAAAGCCUAUGAAAAUGCCAGCGAAAAUAUCAGGUCCGUAUUGGACAGAAUCACGAAUGAACUAAGAGCAUCACCUUUCAUUGAAGAACUCAGAGCUCAAUAUGAACAAUUCCUCAAGGAAGGUAUUCCCAGUGCUGAUGCCAUCAUUGGAACUAUUAGAGAAAUUUUCAUUACCAUUAAGGACGCUAUUCCACCAGAAUUUAUUGUUAGGGAUGAUAUUAGCAAGCUUUUGGAUGACAUUACUUCAUACGCUGAAAAGAAGCUCAAAAAUCAACCUGUCGACGAUAGAGCUGCCCUCGAAGAAAUUGUAAGAGAAGUCUCUACCAUCAUCAAAAAAUUACUCGCCCUUAUAAAAUCCGAACAGUUGCAAAUGCCAGGAUCAGCCCAAUUGGACUCCAGCAUGUUGCCGCUUAACUUCUUGAAACACUUACCACGUCUUGCCGCUGUGAAAUUCUCUCCAAUCUCUUACCUUUUGGAUCAACCAUCUGCUGAAAUCGAUAAGCUACUUUGGAGUUUGUUCGAUUCUCCUAAGAACUUGUUACCACCAUUCCCAUUGUUUGGUCUCGUUAUCCAAGGACAACAUCUAUUCACUUUUGAUGGAAAACACUUGACCUUCCCAGGAAAAUGCAACUACCUGUUAGCCAGAGACGCUGUUAAUGGAAACUUCACCUUGGCUGGUUCUUACAAAGAUGGAAUUUUGGCUUCAAUUACUUUAGCCGAUAAAGAAGGUUCGAUCACUCUUGUUAGUGGAGGAAAAGUUAAAUCAGGACAAGAUGCUGUCGAUUUACCUUACCGUAAAACAAACUUGGCCGCAUGGAGAGACUACGAAAUCGUCACUCUUUUAUCUACCGCUGGAGUAACAGUUAUUUGCACCCCAGAUUUGUUGGGUUGCUCAGUGAAAAUAUCCGGAUUCUAUCACGGACAAGUCAGAGGUCUUUUGGGUAACGGUAACAAGGAACCUUACGAUGAUUUGACCAUUCCCAACGGAAAAAUCGUCACCGCUGAAGGACAGUUCGGUAACGCCUACAAAAUGUCUUCUUCUUGCCCUGAUGUCGCCGUACCUAAACACGAAUCUGUUUCUGACGAUCCCGCUUGCACUAAACUGUUCAACUGGGAAUCUGAUUUGGCUCUCUGCUAUCCUUUCGUGCCAAAUGAAAACUUUAAAAUGGCUUGCAACCAUGGCAUGGCUGCCAAAGUAAAGGGAACCGAAGAAGCUAUUGCUAAAGCUUACGUUGCUGCAUGCCAGGAAAGAAACAUUCUUGUGCACACACCAGAACGUCUUGUCCAAUGUACUAACAGUGAUAAAACUUACAACGUAGGAGACACUUUCAGUGUAAAACUACCCUCCAAGUCAGCAGAUAUCGUUUUGGUAGUUGAAACCGAAAAAUCCAAUCAAGCGCUUUACGACAAACUCGUGAAGACUCUCGUACCAGAAAUCACCACCGAAUUGCACAACAAAGGAAUUAGAGAUAUCGAAUUCCAUUUAAUUACUUAUGGAGGCUUGAACCAAUGGCCCAGUCACGUAACAGUCAAUGGAAAACUUACCUUCAAGGGUAGAGCGCCAGCCUUGACUUUCGACGAAGAACCAAAACCACACAACGGUUUGGACAAGAUUACUGAUCCACAAACUAAACAGUUUGUUGAAGAUUUGAAGAGUCUACUUCACGAUCUUAGCUUGGCUAGUGGCUUGAAUUUGAAAGCCCGGACUUUUGAUAUCGCUUCCAAAUAUCCAUUCAGAGUCAAUGCCUUGAAAUCUAUCAUUGUUGUUAACAGUAAACAAUGCGAGGUUGGUAGAUUCUAUCAUCUUCAAAAACUUUUCGCCAACAUCUACAAGAACAACCAAAUUUCUUUGAACUUGUUCACUCCGUUUGAAUCUUUAACCAUCAAGGAUGCUAAGAAAUCCAAAGACAUUGUUGGUUUCAACCAAGAAAACGUCUUUACCCUAAGCCAAGCCAAAAAGAGUCCAAAAGGAACUGCUGAGCUUCACAAGGAACUUAACUAUGACGACUACUGUGUAGACUUCACUCUUAAGAAUCGUGGUAAUGCUUUCGUCAACAACAACUUCUUAGGUUUGUCAGAUGCCGAACAAAAACAAUACACCCGAUUGGCAGCAACCAAUAUUGCUGACCAGCUUGUAAAUCUUGAGCAAGGUCUGGACUGUGAAUGUAAACUAGUGAAUCCAUGGACUGCCGGUAACGUUUGUACAGAAGCCUAUAGCAAAGACAGACCAUCAAAAAAGGUGUAAUUACUGAUACCAAUGCUCAUAAUUUUAAACUGAAUCCUAUAUAUUAUUUAAGAUUAGUUUAAGAUUUAUAUUAUUUUUUUUUUACAUCGAAGAGGUAUUGUAAUUUUGUAAAUUAUUAAAGUUUAAUGUAAAACUAGAUUAUCAUAAUCUAAUUGAAAAAAUAAAUAAAAAUUAUAAAAAGUUAAUUGUAU